AGUAAAAAUUGAAUUAAUUGAACUCUUAUUUUGAAGUGAGACGUUGGCUAGAUGCAGGGAUUUAGUCUGACGGGUAACGAUGUGAUGAAUUUGGGGUUAAACAAUCAUGCAUGCGGCAUGGAAUAAUUUAACAGAGAUGGAUUAUUGCAGUUAAUUUUGUUUUACCUGCAGUUGGUUCUGUAUCCAUUUACGACCUUUAUGUUUGUUUUACGUCUGGUCAUUGACACAACAGUCAAGAUUGAAAAGCUAGCUUGGUCGGUAGCAACAACAACCAGCCACAUCAGCACCGCUGCCGUUAGUCCGCCACGUUAGCAUCCGUGCGGAAAUUGAAUAAUGGCAGACAGUAUUAUGAGCAAGGCUGCUACCAUGGAGAUCCCAAUUAAUAGCAAUGGAGACACCGGGACUCUACCUGAGGAUGACAGCCUGGAGCAGGAUCUGCAGCAGGUGAUGGUGUCUGGACCCAACCUGAAUGAAACUAGCAUCGUAUCCGGUGGCUAUGGAGGACCUGCAGGGGGCAUCAUCCCCACUAGCACUAUCAAAGGGCCAGCAAUUCACUACAAUCCUGAAUAUCUGGACAGAAGACGAGCUCCUGCGCCAGGACCAGACAUUCGCAUGAAAUCCAGGGGUGUUAACUUACCUCACAGUCACUCCUCAGCCAGUCGCCUUGCCCACCACUCAGACCAGCAUCCAGGGUCUUCUAAUCAUAACACCAGUCCAACUGAGGAGGUUUCCCGAGGUGUGGCGGUGGAAAAGUUGGAUAGUGUAAAGAAAUGGGGAAUUAACACAUAUAAGGAAACCUGGAUGUGCACAAAGCAGAUGUUCUCUGAGAAGUUUGGCCGCGGCUCUCGGACGGUUGACAUGGAACUGGAAGCUCAGAUAGAGCUGCUGAAAGACACCAAGAGCAAGUACGAGAACAUCCUGAGACUGGCCACGGCGCUCAUCAGCCAUUUCCAGAGCAUGGUCCAAACGCAGCAGGCCCUGGGGGACACCUUCACCGACCUGAGCCAGAAGUCUCCGGAGCUGCAGGAUGAGUUUGGGUAUAAUGCAGAAACGCAAAAGCUGCUGUGUAAAAACGGCGAGUCUCUGCUUGGUGCCAUCAACUUCUUCGUCUCCAGUGUGAACACGCUGGUCAAUAAAACCAUGGAGGAUACUCUGAUGACCAUUAAGCAUUAUGAAAAUGCGAGGCUGGAGUUUGAUGCGUAUCGCUCCGAUCUGGAGGAGCUGAGCAUGGGCCCAAGAGACGCCGCUUCUAUGGUUCGCAUUGAGAUGGCUCAGCACGACUACCAGAUCCACAGAGAUAAAUAUGAAAGGCUGCGUAGUGAUGUCACCAUUAAGCUGAAAUUCCUGGAGGAAAACAAGGUAAAGGUGAUGCACAAGCAGCUGCUUCUCUUCCACAAUGCAACCUCUGCAUACUUUGCUGGCAACCAGCAGCAGUUGGAACAAACUCUAAUACAGUUUAAUGUCAAGCUAAAGCCUCCAGGUUCAGACAAGCCGUCCUGGUUGGAGGAGCAGUGAUGAGCACGAAGGCUUGAGCUGAUUGACAGAUACAGUUACACUCUCAUAAGUGGAAAAUGUGACUUUGUGGUUAGAUGGACAAGAAAAGGAAUACUUAAAGAGGGUAUUGUAGUAGUAGCAGAGACAUUUUUUUGUAAGGUUUUUCAGUAUCAUUUAUGAGAUGAAAAAAAGAGGACUUUCCUUGUCUUAUUUUCUUAUUUUUUAUGGUUAUGACAAUCAUUUCCAUGUGUAUCAUUUAUUUAUGCACAUACUCGUGGCGUAGUGUGGGAAUUUGCCCUCAGCAGUUUUGCACAUGCAUUAUUAUUUACAGUUUUUACACUUAAAUAAACACUUAAAUAGUUCAGUGCAUAGCAGAUUGGAAUAUUUCAAUCAAUUGGAAUAUAAAAGUACCUCUGUUGAUAGUGUAACAAUAUAUUGUCUCAAAUUGUAUUUAUUUUCAGAACUUUUUACAGAGUUUAAAGAGAAAAAAACCCCUCAGGAUAAGGCAUCAUUCUUCAGAUUAACUAUGUUUCGCUGGUACUUAUUGACAUGCCUAACUGAGCACAUAUUAGACAAAUAUAUAGGGAGUUUUUUUGUUUGUUUUUUCAAGCAAAAGUCACUAUCACAAUUACUUUGUUUUGAUGCUGUCAGUCAUGUUCUAGUUUUCUUUCUGACCACAUGUUGAUUUGAAACCAUCAUCAGUCCACAUGACAAAGGCUUUGAUACUAGUCACAGCUGGUACUGAAAUGAUCCUUAUCCACGACUGUGUCACACAGAAGGUACUAGUAUGCAACAAAACCAGACUUUCAGACUCAUUCUUGAAGUCUCAAAUUCUGAAACAAAAAAAAAAAAUGACUGAAUACAUACACCAAAUGCACUUUAGGUUGCAAUGUAUUUUCAAUAUCCUUUACAAGACAGAAUGUAUCCGUACAUUUGUCAUGGUGUGUUAAUCCCUUGUUUGUAUAAUGUGUUAAAGAGAUUUCUUUAAAGUUCUUGUCUGCUUAUUGUGUUUCUCUUGUUCUGUAUUUCCAAUAAAGUGCUGUGUGCUAUGUUCCA